UCACAUGUUUUGGAAUUUCCGGUCAGUUUCGAUUUAAAACAUAACACUUGAAGUUGAACAUCAUACUGUAUGGAAAGGAAAUAAAUACACAGAAUAAGCACGCAUAUAAAUAUUAAUGUCAAGACUAUCUUAUAAGUAGGAAAACAAAAACGAGAAAACGAAGGAAUGUGAGACCAGUCCUUAUCAACCACCUUGACAGCCUAUUAAACAAGAUGCCAAAGCAGAAUACCAAGAAGAAGAAAAGCAAGGAUAAGCCAAGGCCUGGCCAAGUUACUCCAUUGACCGGGAACAAAGCAGAAGAGAAUGAUAAUGGACAGACAGGUCAAGAGCUGCGUUCGGAAACAAAACAUACAAUUGAGCAGAGGAAUGUGUCUGGACCUGGAGAUAUGGCAGGGCCUGCGUGUGUCCACAACCAUGGGGCUCCUAACUCAGUUAACCUGUUUCCAGGUGCCAAGUUGGUCAACCACGGUGCAAUGUCUCUUCCUAGGGUAAAUGCAGAAGAUACCAGUAUUCUGCUGCGGGAUUCGAUAUCAAAUGACAUUGCAGACCUUAUAAAAGAUACAAGAAAGUUAUCACAGCUACAAGUGGAGAAAGCAAGAUGGGAACUGUCUGACAAGAAAAGGGAAAAAACACAGACCAAAGAAGCUUUUGGAUUUCUUAUCCUUAAAAACAUACUUGAGAAAAGUCAUGGGAAAGCAGAAUUACAAGAUCUAAUACUGGUAGCAGAGGAAAGUGUCAAGAUUUAUGAUGGCGCCUUGACAUUUGAACAGCUGUGUGGUGCACAAGUUCGAGAUUUUAUUAUGAUGCACACUGAUGUUUUUAAACGGCUAAAUUGUGACAAUAGUACUUGUGUGGCAUUGAGGUGUAAAGGAGACUCAUCCUUAAGCACAAGAAGCUUUGCAGAGGCUGUAAAGCAAAGUCCUAACAAUGAACAGUCAAAUAUUAAAAAACCGGAUUCAUCAAAUUCCCUGCAAAUAAACCAAUUAAACAGUGAAACAGAUUUGAGUGACAAUCAAUGGACUAGAGUUAGCCGUGGAAAGAAAAAGCCUCUAUUAGCAUGUGAUGAGCCCAAACAAGUUAAAAAAAAAUCAACACAUUAUUCUUCAAAGCCUUCAAGUGCAAAAACUAAUUAUAGUGCAUCAACUAGUACAAGCUUGUUAAACCUUGUUCAAACAACCAAGUGUGAAGCUACAGCCACUAGAAGGCAAGUGAAGAAUUGUACCAAAUCAGACGAGGAAUGGACUGAAGUUAUUCAUAGUCAGAGAGCUGGUACAAAAAGCUCAAAACCUAACAAAGAUAAGCCACUGGCUCGAGAGGUAUUACGUGAAGAUGACCAGGAUCCGAACAUUGGCCAUUUAAAAUCUCUUUUAGAACAGGAGGAAGGAAGAGAUUUAAUGUUUGUGAAAAGUCAUGACAUCUACUUUGCAAAACCACAUACAUGUCAGCAAGACAUUAUAAGUAUGUGGAACACACCACAUAGAAUUCGUUCAUACAUUGUUAUUGGCGUUACAAAAGGUAAUCCUAAAAAGCUCAUUGGAUGCAACAAAGAUUUUGACGUGAAUUUUUAUUCUAAAGAAAGAUUGUUUACGGAUAGCACAUUUAGUUUUACACCAACAUACGUCUGUUUACCGGUUCAGUACAAGUCUAUGACAUUUGUUGUAAUUGAAAUUGCAAGCAGCUGGAAAAUGGGUCAACCAAGCAUAGUGAAAAAGGAUGUUAUUUUGGACGAUUUUGUACUGAAACAAAAUGAAUUGUGGUAUAGAGAUGGAUGUAAAAAUGCGUUCUGUGUUGCAUCAAAUGAAACAUUUGGCAUGAUUUUUCAUUGGUUCCUUGGUACAAAUGAUCCUUCAUUAGAAAGCUUGGGAAAGGGAUUUAUAGUACCUGAACUGGUAAAAAGUGAACAGACAGUAUUAAAAAGACCACACAUGGUUUCAAACCAUUUGGAAAACUGUGAUGAAUGGGGAUCAAGUGAGUCUUGUUCUAGCAUGGAAACACAUGAUGUGAUUGAAGAAGAAGGGGAGUUUACUAAGUUUUGGAAAGCAUGUGGUGAAUUUAAAAAACGUCACUUCAUAUUAAUAUCUGGUGACAUAUCGAACAGACAUAAGCAUCUCAGAAAUCUUUCUCUAAUUCCUUGGAUAGCAGUUUAUGAUUUUGACAUAAACAGCUGUACAAAUGGGUUACUGAAUGCCGUACAAGAUGAAUGUGAACAGAUUAGACAUUUGAAAAUAAGCACUUGGAAAGAACCACCACCAGUUUUCUCUGAAAAUGGAACUCAUUGGUGCUUCAUGAGAGGCUAUCGGGAGCUGUCAGACACUCGGACAGACAGUCAGCCAGAAAAAAUUGAAGAUCAUCAUACAUGGUUGCAAACUGUUAAAAUUAGCAUUGCUGAAAACUGUGAACAGAUUGUUUCAUUUGCAGAUGAAUACACAGUUUAUACUAUUGUGAUCCUAUGGCCAAAAACUGAAGAAAUUAUUCUGUUCAUUCGUAAAUUUCUUGACAAGAUAGUUUACGAACUUAAUCACAAACCAAAGCUCGUUGUCUGCAUGAAUGAAAAAUGUAGGUCAGCAGAUGAAGAAACAGCUUUAAAUGCAUUAAAGAUGGAAUAUUCAAGUUGUAUACAUGUCUGCAUUAUUGACUUCAGUGAUUUAUGUCUUGGGCUAGGAAGUAAACUACAAAGCGUGGGUAACAGAUGUUUGAAAUAUGAACUUCCAAGAAUGCAGAUUGACAUUUUACCAGACUUUAUCACUGAAAAGGACGCAAUGUGGCUAAAAGAAGACUUGGAAGUGUUGUACCUUCAAAAUCCUUACAAAGUCACUGAUGCUGAUCAUGAUUUUCUGGAAACGGAAAUUAUUAAUUUCUUUAAAGGAGGAAGAUUUCCAUGGUCAGCUUGGUAUGAAAUAGGAGAUUCAGGUGUUGAUAUUCGAAGAGAUUCCUUAAAGGACGCAAUACAAAAAAUAGACAAGCUUAUGUCCCAGUCUAGAUGCUCAACCAUAACAAUUCUUCAUGCACCUGGAUCAGGUGGGUCGACUCUAGCACAACGAAUAUUGUGGGAUUAUCAUGAAAAAAUCCCAUGUGUUCAGGUACGAAGAGGAACAUUAUUGAAGACAAAAGAUCUUUCCAGAAAGAUAGAAUUCAUACAUGAAAAGACACACCUAACUACAUUGAUAUUAAUUGAUGAUGAAGAUGAUGUUAAGGUGAAACAGUUUUGCAAAUCACUAAAAUUUGCAAUAAUACUGAAUGUGAAAAGAUAUCCAUUCAAAUUUGGGAACUUAUCAAACAAUCCAAAAGAUAAGUCAGCUUUGCAAAGAGGUCAUGAAUAUAAGAUUUAUCUCUCUGGAAAAGUGUCAAAUAAAGAAGCACGCGAGCUCGCUGUUAAGUUUGGUGAAAGGUGUAGCCCAGAACGAAAAAAGACCUUGGAAAAAAUGAAAAAUGAUGUGAUGAGAUCAAGACAACAUUCUCUAUAUGAGUUUGGAAUGACUGUUUACAGCCAUGAAUUCAAAGGCAUAGCAGCUCAUGUGAGAGGAUAUUUACAGAUAAGUCGUGAAGCAGAAUUGUCACACAUUAACAAGUGUUUGGGUUAUUUGGCAUUAGUUUAUUUCUAUGGCCAAGCGAGUCUUCCUUGCCAGUUUUUUGCUCGGCUGUUUUAUAAACAGCCCAAUCAUCAAAUGAUUCUGGAAGAAGAUUUUCCUCACCCAGUUACUGAAUUUGUAGUGUAUGAAACAAAUGAUAGAAAGCAGCACAUGAUCCGCAUUUGUCAUUAUGAAAUUGCCAAAGAGAUUCUAGAACAGAUACUAUCCAAAGAUUGUUCCAGACAAUCUCAUGCAUGGGAACAUCAUUACUCAGACAAACUGAGUAAAAAUGCUUGCAAAAACCUUGCAGCUUUUUCUAAAGAUUUUAUUGAAUAUUGUAGCAAUAAGAAAACAAGUAACUACAAAAGCAGUACAGCAAUAGGUCAUAUCUUGGCAAGAACAUUCAUAUAUCGGGAUGAAGUAGAUUUGACUUUAACUGCAGUAGACUUUCCACGCAAAAAGGCACAAGUUUCACAGUUGUUACUUGAUAUUCCUGCAGGAAAACCCAUGUUUGAAGAAAGGUUGCAAAUUCUUGAGAAACUGGCAAGUUCUUUUCCGGAUGAACCAAAUUUCCAUGCCCAUGUUGGCAGGUUUUACGCCUUUUGUGGACCGGAUGAUGACGAAAAGGCUGAAAAAAAGUUUAAGAAAGCAAUAUCUUUAGUCAAGAAAAGAAUUGAAGGGAGCAAGUUAGACCAAUUGGACGAUUCCUCAAAGUCAACGCUUGUGCAUGUGUACCACAUGUAUGGAAGCUUUAAAAAGAAGCAGAUCUCAAGUAUGAUAGGAAAACAUAAAAAUGAGGAAACCAAGACGAUGGAAGCAGAGGAGAAGUUUUAUGUGAAGAUAUCUAAGCUUGUUGAAGAGGCAGAAUUGGCAUGCGAGCUUUUUGAAAAAAGCCGAGUGUUGACACCUGACACGUGUGAAAUAUUUACUGGGUCUUACAUUGGGGAAAUUAAUGUCCGGUUACAAAUAUCAGAUUACGUUAUAAGGCAUUACAAAGAAACUGUGUCUGAGCAUGAGGUUUUAAAACGAUUUUUAGAAUCAGAAGCAACAGCUGAGUGCCGAUCAUUUAUUGAAGAAACAAUUUGUCGCCUAGAGUAUUUGUUUAAUGCAUGUUCAGAGGACGCUGAUAUGGAAAAUGUGGAGAAGCAUAGCAUCAUGACAAUGAUAAAGUGGUACAAUGCUCUUUUUAAACUCCAAGUUCUACCGCAAGAAUGUCUCACGGUUGUCCAUGAGAUUGACAUACGUCGGAUAAACAUUUCUGCUCUGAAAUUAGACUAUGGUUCAAGGCCAGAAUUGCAGUGCAUUGAAAAUGUUAAUGAUGCUGGAGCAGUGGAAAAAAUAAUAACGCUAUAUGAGGACAAUUUUAAAGAUAUUUCGAUGGGACAGUUUGAGGUUGUCAGCAAGAAGCGUCUUGAUUAUGACUAUCAAGAAUGGAUUUGUGCCAUUAGACAUGAUUUGUGCCAAAGGGUUUACAAUCUAGAUGAUGUAUGCACCCAUGUUCAGAUCUGGAAUCAAACGGUUCGGUCACCAAUGUCUUUGUUCUACCUUUUUGUUGUCAAAAGCGUGAUGGGUAUAGGACAUGAUAGUGCCCAAGGCAAUACUGAAUCCUUGAUCGAAGCAAAGGAGUUACAGCAAGAGUUGACAAAGAAAGUAUCAUUGUUGUUAAAACCAAAACAUCAUCGAGAGUGGUUAGGGAAUGGUGUAGGUAUAAAAGCAAUACUGCAGUCAAAUCGAAAAAUCCCCAUAUCUCACCAUGAGGUCAAAGAUCAAAGAGUUCUCAGUGUUAAUUUAAAGGUUUGCAAAGGAACAAUAUGCCCUCCAAACAAUAAGCCUUACUAUGGUCAGAUUGAGCUGGAUUUACAAGUUGACAAUUUAAAGGUGUUCUUUGUACCCAAGAGAGCUGAACUGGAUGGGCCACGACAUAAGGGUAGACGUGUGCAAUUUAACCUGGCUUUCUCGUUUGAACAUGGAUACGAGGCGCUUAAUGUAAAGGUUCUCAAAAGGCAUGGCUGCUCAAACUGCAGUCAAAAACUCGAAUUCAAAAUUUCUGACACCAGUUUAGUAUGUCCAACUUGCAAAGUGACUGUUUUCAAAGAUGAUUUGAAUGAAGUUAAGUCUGAUUCAGAUGAAGAAAAGAAAAACUGAAAAAUUAAAGAAAUACUGUGAAAUGGGAUCAUGUGUAUGUAUUUCAGAGUUAAUUUGCAUGUUUCCCAGCGUUUUCAUGUCUGCAUUUAUGUGUGAACCUGCCCCUGUGACUUUUCAGGGGGAAAAUUAAUUUGAGCCAAACUCCUGACAAGGUAUUGCGGAAGAUAUAAUGUUGUGACGUAGACCAGUGUGCUAUGGCCAAUGAGACCUUAAUGUGCUCUGAUAGACGAAUUCAUCUGUGACUUAUCAGAUUGGGAAUUUAAAUGUGGAGAAAUAAAGGAGCCAUGACAUUUUAUGUUAUACUGAGAUAGCCUUAAUUUGUAUUGUGAGUGCUCUUAAGAAGUUAUGAUGCAUCAUAUGGACUGUAUUGCAGUUACAAUAAUGGGAAUCAGGAUAAUGUAAUUGAUCUGGCCUUAGAUAGAACCUUUCAGUAUACAAUAAAAACAAUUUAAGGGCACUUUGUUUAAAUAACUUGUUUUUGUGUAUAACUGAUAUACAUUAAAACAGUUGAAAUGUGUACAUGCAAAUCAUAUGUAUGUAGUGAAAGCGUUGUUUUUUUACUUCAUGUAACCAUCAGAUCUGUUUUAAUAACCUAUGACUAAACCAGCAAAAGGGCAUUACACUGUUCGGUUAUUUUUGAGUAAACAGACACAAUCUGCAAAUUUUGUAUAAAGUAUGUUCUUUAGUAAACAUUAAUUAAAAAAAAAAAUCAUAAACUAUGCCUUAGAUUCUAUUUUAUUCAUAAUGAAAUGUUUAAUAUUCAAGUUUUUGUAAUAUUACCUUUUUUUUUAAAAUUUUCAACAUCUGUGCCUUUGUUGUAAUGUGUCUUGAUAAAUGUACAUGCGUUUUCCCAUAAAUAAUGGGUUAAUGUUAUUAAGACAUUAUUAAUAUUGAUGAAUUUAUGCAUGUCAUUAAAACUCUUAUUAUCUGAACAUUUAAGAAUUUUGAAUGUUAAUAUAUACAUGUAUAUAUAUAUUUUAGAUUGUUUUCCGAUACUUGUUACUUAAGGCCUUUUGUACGUAAGAAAUGUCCUUAUUAAUAACUUUAUAUAAAAAUGUAUAGUUUUUCUUUAACAAUGCGUUUUUUUAGGACAUUAUUAAUAAAGAUGACUUUAUGCAUCUCUUUUAAACUCUUAUUAUCUGAAUAUAUAAGAAUUUGAAUGUUAAGAUAUACAUAUUUAUUGUCCCCUACCGGUGAAACCGGAGGGGACUUAUGCUUUGCGCUCUGUGUGUCAGUCUGUCUGUCUGUCUGUCAGUCCUUCACACUUUUCUGGAUCCUGUGAUAACUUUAAAAGUUCUUCAUAUUUUUUCAUGAAACUUAAAACAUGGAUAGAUGGCAAUAUGGACAUUAUGCACGUCUUUUCAUUUUGUUCCUAAGUCAAGAAUUCUGGUUGCUAUGGCAACAAGUAUAUAAACAAAAAUAAUCUGAAAAUGGCGGAGUUUCACCGGUAGGGGACUUAUAUUGCUUGGCAAUAGUCUUGUUUAUUGUAGAUUUUUUUCAGAUACUUGUUACUUCAGGCCUUUUUUAUGUAAGAAAUGUCCUUGUUAAUAACUUUAUAUAAAAAUGUAUAGUUUUCUUGAACAAUUCGUUUUUUUUUUUACCAAAUUUAUUAUUAAUAGGAAUAAAAAAACCUAUAUUGCCCUUUUGUGUUGAGGUAGAUGUCAGCAACAAAUCAAAGAAAAGUGCCUCUAGUCAUGCUGCAUUUCAGUGUAUAAUACCAUCCAUUAAGCAUGUUCAUAGCUUAGAAUCACAUUUUUGAAACUGCAAUAUAUUGGAUUCGUUGAAACUCAGAAAAUCAGAAAUACCCACCACCCACUAAUUCUAUUUGUUAUUGAAAAUAUUCUUACCUAAGCUUAAAACUUUGGGAGGCAUUUAUAGUCAACCUUGACUUUAGAUAAUGUGUUUAAUAUGUUUGAAUAUCGAGGGAUGAAAGCGAAACAGCUCUAAUUGACAUUUUUUCACAAAACGACUUUUUUGUAUAUUUUGUAUUUUUUCAGUGCGAAAAGGUUUUUAGUUCCAUUUUUUGCAAUUAUAUUAUUUUCAGUAUAGGAAAAGUAUUUUCCAUAGACCAGUGUUAUGUGGCCAAUGAGACCUUAAUGUGUUCUUAUAGAUAAUUUCAUCAGAUGGGUAAUUUAAAUGUGGAGAAAUAAAUGAGCCAUGAAAUCAUAUGUUAUACUGAGAUAGCCUUAAAUUUGUAUUGUGAGUGCUUUAAAGAAGUUAUGAUUUGUCAUAUGUAAUUUAUUGCAUCUACAAUAAUGGAAUAAUGGAAUUGAUCUGGCCUUAUAAAGCACCUUUCAGUAUAAAAAAAUAACAACUUAAGGACACUUUGUUAAAAUGAAUUGUUUUUGUGUAUAAACUGCUAUACAUUAAAACACGUGAAACGAAAAAUGUGUACUUGCAAAUCAUAUGUAUACAGUUAAAGUUUUUAUUUACUAAAUGUAACCAUCAGAUCUGUUUUAAUCAUGUAUAUCCAAACCACUGAAAGGGCAUUGAAUUGUUCGUUUUAGCUCACCUGAGCACAAUGUGCUCAUGGGUGAGCUUUUGUGAUCGCCUUUUGUCUGUUGUGCGUCGUCAACAUUUGCCUUGUUAACACUCUAGAGGCCACAUUUAUUGUCCAAUCUUCAUGAAAUUUGGUCAGAAGAUUGGUCUCAAUGAUAUCUUGGAUGAGUUGGUAAAUGGUUACAUUUGCUUAAAAGCAUUACUGCCAAGGGGCGGGGCAUUUUUCUUUAUAUGGCUAUAAUUAAACCUUGUUAACACUCUAGAGGCCACAUUUAUUGUACAAUCUUCAUGAAACUUGGUCAGAAGAUUCAUCCCAAUAAUAUGUUGGACGAGUUCGAAAAUGAUGCCAGUUAGUUGAAAAACAUGGCAGCCAGGGGGCGGGGCAAUUUUCCUUAUAUGGCUACAGUAAAACCUUGUUAACAAUCUAGGGGCAAGAUUUAUUGCCCAAUCUUCAUAAAAUUUGGUUAGAAGAUUGGUCUUAAUGAUAUCUUGGAUGAGUUCCAAAAUGGAUACGUUUGCUUGAAAAACAUGGCUGCCAAGGGGCGGGGCAUUUUUCCUAAUAUGGCUAUAGUAAAACCUUGUUAACACUCUAGAGGCCACUUUUAUUUCCAAUCUUAAUGAAACUUGGUCAGAAGACUCAUCCCAAUAAUAUCUUGAACGAGUUCGAAAAUGAUGCCAGUUGGUUGAAAAACAUGGCCGCCAGGGGGCGGGGCAUUUUUCCUUAUAUAGCUUUAGUAAAACCUUGUAAACACUCUAGAGGCCACAUUUAUUUUCCAAUCAUCAUGAAACUUGGUCAGAAGAUUUGUCCCAAUGAUAUCUUGGACAUGUUCGAAAAUGGGUCCGGUUGCUUUAAAAACCUGGCCACCAGGGGCGGGGAAUUUUUUCUAAUAUGGCUAUAUGUGGCUUUAGUAAAACCUUGUUAACACUCUAGAGGCUACAUUUAUGGUCCGAUCUUUAUGAAACUUGGUCAGAAGAUUUGUCCCAAUGAUAUCUUGGACAUGUUUGAAAAUGGUUCCGGUUGUUUAAAAAAACAUGGCCACCAGGGGGCGGGGCAUUUUUCCUUAUAUGGCUAUAUAUGGCUUUUUUUAAACCUUGUUAACACUCUAGAGGCCACCUUUAUUGUUCGAUCUUCAUGAAACUUUGUCAGAAAAUUCAUCCGUUAUAUAUCUUGGCGGAGUUUGUAAAUGGUUUGGGUUGGUUGAAAAACAUGGCAGCCAUGGGGCGGGGCAUUUUUCCUUAUAUUGCUAUAGUAAAACCUUGUUUACAUUCUAGUUAAAUAUUCUCAAAGUUGAAUGUAGUAAUAUUUAUUUCGCAGAAAAUUACUCAAGGGAGAAAAAACUGUUCAUAGCUUGAAUUGUUUGAAUUCCAAUCAUGAAUGCACACUUAAUUACUCCAACUGACCCUUAUCAGCUGCCUGAGCACAAAUCAAUGCACAUCUCUGAGUGAACCUUGUUGUUCUAUUUCUAGAUCAGCAACUUGAUACCUUGUUGUGCUAUUUCUUUGAUGUGUGGCACCAUAGAUAAGAGAAUCAAGAUAUAAUUGUUGAGGCACACAGUUUAUUAUGCUCCUCCAAAUUUUUUUUUUGGGGGGAGCAUAUUUAGUCGCCGCUUCGUCUGUCCAUGCGUGUGUCCGUCCGUCCGUGCACAAUUUUUGUCCGGGCUAUUUCUCAGCAAUUAAUGACCGGAAUUCAAUUAAACUUUAUGGGAAGCUUCACUACCAAGAGGAGUUGUGCAUAUUAUCAGCCGGUUCUGGUCGGAUGAUUUUUCACAGAGUUAUGGCCCUUUGAAAUUUUCCAUUAACUGUACAUAUAGUGCAAUUCUUGUCCCCCCAACUACUAGACGUUUCCUUUUAUCUGAAUAUAUAGUGCAAUAUUGUGACAAAAAAAUCUUUGCGGAGCAUCACCCGUCUCCGACGGUUUCUUGUUGAUGAGGUCUGAAUUUUUUUGUGUGUUUAUCAAAGAUUUGUGUUUUAAAACGGAUGUAUUGAUUUUUUAAUUGGAAAAAUAAUUGCAAGGUGAGUCUGAAAAUAGUUCAUGUUUGUUUAAAAACAAGUCUCUCAGGGGGUGGUAGUUUAUUUGUAUGUCUACAGUUGUUUAUAGUGAAAAAUUGUGAAUACUUUUAGUCACAGUUUUAGUUCAAUCUGAAUGACUCUUGCUGAGUACAAAUGUUGUUAUCAUUUCUUGAUUUAGUUUACUCAAUUAGUUUUAAUAAUAUCUUCUUCAAACAUGGUGACAAUCUUUAUGAGCAUAAUAUUUUUUGCUCAUGGUGAACUUUUGUGAUCACCUUUUGUCAUUGUCUGUCUUCCGUUGUGCGUCAUGAAUAUUUGCCUUGUUAACACUGUAGAGGCCACAUUUAUUGUCGGAUCUUCAUGAAACUUUGUCAGAUAAUUUGUCACAAUGAUAUCUUAGACGAGUUCAAAAAUGAUUCAGGUCUGUUGAAAAACAUGGCCGCCAGGGGGCCAUUUGUUGUUCAUUCUUCAUGAAACUUGGUUAGAACAUUUGUUCUAUUGAUAUCUUGGGCUGCAAAGAACAGGUUAUUUCUUUUUAUCUGAGGUGAGCGACUUUGGGCCUUUCAGACCCUCUUGUUUUGAGUAAACAGGCACAAUCUGCAAAUUUUGUAUAAAGUUUGUUCUUUAGUUAACAUUUAUUUUAAGACAUUUUCAUAAAAUAUGCCUUGGAUUGUAUUUUAUUCAUACUGAAAUGUUUAAUAUUCAAGUUUUUGUAACAAACUUUUUUAUUUGUCCACACCUGUGCCUUUGCUUGUAAAGUGUCUUGAUAAAUGUACAUGUGUUUUCCCAUAAAUAAUGGGUAAAUGUUAUUAAGACAUUAUAGAUAUUGGUGACCUUAUGCAUCUCAUUAAAGCUCUUAUUAUCUGAAUAUAUAUGAAUUUUGAAUGUUAAUAUAUACAUAUUUAUAUAUUGUAGAUUUUUCAGAUACUUGUUACUCGAGGCCUUUUUUAUGUUAUAAAUGUCAUUGUUAAUAACUUUAUUAUAUAGAAAAAUGUAUAGUUGUUCUUUAACAAUACAUUUUUUGACCAAAUUUAUUAUUAAUAGGAACAAAAACAUAUAUUGCCCUUUCGUGUUGAGGUAGAUGUCAGCAACAAACCAAAGAAAAGUGCCUCUAGUCAUGCUGCAUUUCAGUGUAUAAUACCAUCAUCAUGCAUUAAUCAUGUUCAUAGCUUAGAAUCACAUUUUUGAAACUGCAAUAUAUUUGAUUCGUUGAAACUCAGAAAAUCAGAAAUACCCACCACCCACUAAUUCUAUUUGUUAUUGAAAAUAUUCUUACCUAAGCUUAUGAACAUUGGGAGGCAUUUAUAGUCAACCUUGACUUUAGAUAAUGUGUUUAAUAUGUUUGCAUGCUGUAUUGAUUUGAAGGAGGAAAACACUUAACUGUAACAAUACUUAAUUGAAUGUCACUAAAGGAAUACUUUAUUACUAAGAGAAUCUAUAAUUAACUUAUGUAAAUUGAUAAAUUCUAAAGACUUGGAAUAUUAUUGUCUAUAAAUAUGUUUCAUUGCUGUUUCUAGAUUUUUGUAUGCUGAUUCUGUAGGUACGUUGAAUAGUCUCAGAUAGUUAGAAUACCCGGUAGUGAAAAUUUGUUUAUGGGACUUGUUUUUUAUUGAAAAACAAAAUGAAAUUCAAUGUAUUUACUGACAACAACAUGUAUAUCAUAUUAAGAAAAUUUUAUAAUAAUUUUAAAAGCAAGAUAAAAAGUUGAAUAUAAAUAUUACCAGCCCCAGGAUUCCAAUCAGUGAUCUUUAGAAGCAAACUUUAUAGCGCUUACGCUUAACACUAAGCCGUUUUGAUGUAACAGCAAAUUGUAAAAGCUUUUUUGUAAUAUAUUUUCUAUAUUAUUGACGAAAAGUAUAACAAGCCCUUUAUAAUUUUUAUGCCCCCGGAUCGAUAGAUCGGGGGUAUAUUGUUUUUGUCCUGUCUGUCUGUCUGUCUGUCUGUCUGUCUGUCUGUCUGUCUGUCUGUCUGUCUGUCUGUCUGUCUGUCUGUCUGUCUGUCAUUCUAUCCCAAAACUUUAACCUUGGUUAAAGUUUGAUAACUUUUGCAAUAUUGAACAUAGCAACUUGAUAUUUACCAUGCAUGUGUAUCUCAUGGGCUGCUCAUUUUGAGUGGUUAAAAGUCAAUGUCAAGGUCAUCCUUCAAGGUCAAAGGUCAAAUAUCAUUGUAUUUUUCUUUCCUAAAACUUUAACCUUCGUUAAAGUUUUAUCAUAACUUUUUUAAUAUUAAACACAGCAACUUCAUAUUUGGCAUGCGCGUGAGUAUCUCGUGGAGCUGCACAUUUUGAGUGGUGAAAGGUCAAGGUCAUUCUUCGAGGUCAAAGGUCAAAAAUUAAAAAAAAAAAUUUUUAUUUCUCCAUUCAAUCUCAUACUUACUUCUCGUGGAGCUGCACAUUUUGAGUGGUGAAAGGUCAAGGUCAUCCUUCAAGGUCAAAGGUAAAAAAAAAUCAAAGUGGCGCAUUAGAGGGCAUUGUGUUUCUGACAAACACAUCUCUUGUUUCAAUUAUUAUUGAUGAACUGUAAACGCUAUUUCAGUAAUAAAUUUCCCAAAUUAUUGAGGAAAAGCAUUAUGAACACCUUUAUUUGCGAUUGUUAUUGAUAAAUUGUAAAUGCUAUUUUAAUAAUAUGAUUUCCAAAUUGUUGACCAAAAGCAUUACGCAUGUUCUAUUUUUUUUGUAUUGUCGUUGAUGAUUUUUCAUAAACAAAGAAAUAUUUCAAAUAUUUUUUGAGUAAGAAUUGUAAUUUUGCUUGCUUAUAUAAUAUAUUCACUUUUUUUUCGAAUCUAUUGCAAUUCAUUUUUAAAAUUGACAUUUUGCUUAACGUGUUUAAAGGAAUUGAUGCAAUCGAUCUGUAAUUGUUUUGUUGCUCAUGAAAUAUUCUGAUAUGGACUGUUUUCAUGUCACAUGCAAUUUGAUAUCAGAUAUGAUUUAAAACAUAUUUUGCAAAUUUUCUUUGUACUUGUUAUCGUAUUUUGUUUAAUUGUUUACUUAUAUGCAAUGCAUGAAUAUUUAUUGUGCUUGACAGGGGCUGACUGAUUCCAAUUAACCAGUAUGUUUUUAAAAACAUGGAUCAAAAUGUUAUGCAUAUUUAUAUGUUUCUAUCAUAAUACAAUUGGAUUUGCAUCAUUUUAAGUCACUGUACAACACAUAGGGAUUCUGCUACCAAGAUUGUUGAAAGUUCAAAAUUAGUUUGCUGAUUUAAACAAAAGUGAAUUUGUCACACAAAAACAGCAAUUCCAUAAUAAAGGCCUUUUAGGAAGAAAUGUCUAAUUCUGGAUAGCAUACAUUUCCAAUUUUAGAUUUUAAACUGACUGUGAUCUUGACCCUUGACGUCUCGGAUACUCUGUCUAGCUUUGCUUGUCUCUUUUAUUUAUUAUGCCCUCCUUCAAAGAAGAGGGGGUAUAUUGUUUUGCACAUGUCGGUCGGUCCAUCGGUCAGUCGGUCCAUCGGUCGGUUGGUGAGUCCGUUCGCCAAAUGGUUUCCGAAUGAUUACUCAAGAACGCUUAGGCCUGGGAUCAGGAAAGUUCAUAGGUACACUGAUCAUGACCGGCAGAUGACCCCUAUUGAUUUUCAGGUCACUUGGUCAAAGUUCAAGGUCACAGUGGCUCGAAGCAGUAAAAUGGUUUCCGGAUGAUAACUCAAGAACGCUUAAGCCUGGGAUCAGGAAAGUUCAUACGGACAUUGCUAAUGACUGACAGAUGACCGCUAUUGAUUUUCAGGUCACUAGGUCAAAGUUCAAGGUCACAGUGGCUUGAAGCAGUAAAAUGGUUUCCGGAUGAUAACUCAAGAACGCUUAAGCCUAGGAUCAAGAAAGUUCAUAGGGACAUUGAUCAUGACCGGCAGAUGACCCCUAUUGACUUUCAGGUCACUAUUUUUAAAGUUCAAGGUCACAGUGACUCGAAACAGUAAAAUGGUUUCCGGAUGAUAACAUAUUCACACAAUCGCUGCCACUACAACUGACAGCCCAUUUUGUUUUACAAACAGCCCUUGUUUAAAAAUCUUUUGUCUUGAAAUGAAACCUUUGAAAGGGUCAGAUUCCUGUAUGUGACAAUCCUAUGGAAAAAUCUGGUCACUUAUAAGAAUUUGAAAAAUCUUUUCGAAUCAGACUAUGUUGUUCAGGACAAAAAUAAGGUGCUUUGACAUUGAAUUGUUUAUACCUUGAUCAUUGACAUGAGGACUCCGACGUAUUUCUUGCCCACAACACAACUGAUCAUCCUGGUCACUUAAUUAUACUUUAUUUGCAAUCAUUACAUUCAAGGCACUGAGCCUUGCUCAGUUUGAAGAGCGGUGUACUACAACGCAAGGUUGGCGUGGUUUUAUUCUUGACCCAGUGAUAUAACUUGUCUGCGUCAUGAUAUUCAUUCUAUGGCCAUUCACCCCUAUCUCUGAGUAGGUCAGUUGUUAGCUUCUGGCAUAAGUAUGUGCAGCAGAUACUUUUUAACCAACAUGCACUUUAAAAUGAAAGUGGGUUUAACUUACCAAAGUCACAACUGAAAUACUGUUUAAAAUAUAAAAUAAAAUACAGAUUAACAAACCCAUACAUGCUGGACAAAUUUAUCUCACAACAAAGAGUUUGGGUUUAUGUAUCAAAUGUGACCUUUUAACCAGCUUGAAUUGUGACUUUGACCCUUAACUUAUGGAACCUGGAUCUUGCAUUAAAGCCCCCCCCCCUCCCACCCUGGUCUAGACAAUGUCAAUGUUAUGCUUCAGUAGAAAGUUAAGGGUUGAUUUGUGACUUAAACUGUGUUAUUGACCUUUGACAGAGGUGCAUGAUUCUUGUGCGGUACAUCUGUCUGGACAUGCUUGUCAAUGUUGCCAAGUUACUUAAAUAUCCUUCAAGGCUUAAAUUUGGAUUUACGAUCAGUCACAACAUGCAAAUCACUUCUGCCGAGUUAUUUUUAAAACCUGCCUCAGCUAGGACUCACAUAAUAUGGCUGUUUUUGAAAUAGCGAAUAUGAAUUGAUUGAAGAAUUUCAUGGUGGCAUAAUAACUUUAAAUAGUAAAAGCUUAUUGAAUAAUUAUAAAAAGACGUAUGCUGCUUUCAGACUCUCUUUUUUCACAUUAGCAUAAUAUAACAACAUUUCUUUUUAAAUACAUUUUUCAAUAUAAUAAUCACAUUUAUGUUAUUUACAUGUUUUAAAUCAAAGAACAGUUUGUCGGCGUACUUGUUGGGCUGUGUUUAAAUGAACUUUGUGAAGUUGACUGCAGGUAUUUAUAACUUGUUUUACCAAUAAAUAGUUUACAUGAA